UAGAAACUGCUUUGGGUGGAGCCCUUCCUUCUCUUCGAGCUUCCACUAGCUUCUGCUGUAACGUAAUGGCUGACUUUGUGAAGAAAAAGAUCGUAGAGAAGCUAGCCAAGUUUACUCGGGACAUUAAACCCAGUGAUAUAUCCCUGAGUUUCCUCAGAGGGAAGGGAGAGCUGCGUAACCUUGAUCUUAACACUGACGUGAUCUCAAGUGCGUUACAGCUACCGCCAUGGAUCAGUAUCGAUCAUGUUUUCUGUGAUAUGAUCAAACUUGACAUCCCAUUUACUGAUCUCAACAAGAGUCCUAUUAAAUGCAUGCUUGGCAUGGUCACAAUAGAAGUGUCAACUUCUCGUGAGGUUACAAAGAGAGAGAAAUCUGAUCUCUUUGGAAAUAUCGGCCAGUCCAAUUCUCCAUCGUCUUACGGUUUGACUGAGAAGAUUAUCGACGGAAUGAGGAUUGAAAUCAACACGAUACUUGUCCAGUUUUCAAAUCCGGUUUUUAACGCUAAACUUGAGAUAUCAGAUGUCCUGAUUCAGAGCACAAAUUCAUCAUGGACCCCAGAUAUACUCUCGCACUGUCGAUAUAAAAACGAAGAAGAAGGCUCCGUUAUAAUAUACAAGAAGGCAACAUGGAGCAGCAUAAAGAUAGAAGGACAGGGAGUUGAAGAUGGAUCCAACUCUCCCUCCUCUUCAACUCCUCCUUCCCCUUCUCCCUCCUCCCCCUCCUCAUUUCUUUCUCAGUUGCGUCUUGUUACUAGUCUAACGGAAAUAAGAGUAGCUCUUAAGAGACGCUUGAGUGACUGUAAGGUUCUACACACUCGGGUCUCCGUUAAUUUAGGAGACCUUGUUUGGGUUGUGACCCAGCAGCAGCUGAAGGCUGUCUCAAGGCUAGUCCAGUCACUGACUGAUGCGGCUGUUAACUUUGCACAGCAUGAGAGAGAGGGGGAACUCUCUCGGCUUGGUUCUUCUCGAGACAGUCUUGAGAGUUUAGAGAGCGUCACGUCCUACGGGUCUUCUCAAGAUGGGCCAGGAGAUGGUAAGGACGACAAGAGAAAAGGAAAGAGAAAGAAGUCACCACGACGGACCGAGAAAGAUGCUCAGAAAGAAAGAGGUUUAGUGAAUCGACUUUUAGAGUACCAGAUAGGUGUUAAGAACCUCCCGUCACACGAAGUGGUACAGGAUUCCUUCCACUUGAAAACAGGUAACGUUGAUUUGCAACUCUGUGACGAGAAGGCAUCUCUCCUCCUCCAAGUGAAGAAGUUGCUAGUUGAUGUCUAUCUUGACCAGCUGGCUAAGAGCGGUCGUAAGCACUGGAACAAAUCAAACAUUAAGCUACAAGACAAUGUGGAUUGGUCCUCAAAUUUAGUGACUCAAGCGAGCAAGAGACAAGACAUCAAUAUGUCUUCUGUUAAUAUUUAUCGACUGCGAGAAAGAGGUGUGGUUAUUAGAUGCUCUGAUUUCAGUAUCAAGUCUAUCGCUGAUGCAUCGUCUGAAGAACUCUUACCAAUAAUAUCCUGCGAUAAGGAAACCUUUAAUCUUCCAAACGAUAUUGAGAACCCAGCUUUCCAGUGUGGGAUAACAACAUACUAUUACCCCAUUGCUGAAGGAAACAGGUUCCUUGUACCUCGUCCUAAUAUAUUCAUUUAUAUAUCACCGAUACAUGUUAACUUCCAUCAAGAGCAGUGCCUCUGGCUGGCAGAGUUUGUCCAAGGUGUUGCUCAAACUGUCAACCUUGACCUGUUGCUCUCAGCUCACGACGAAGGACAGCACUUACUCCAGGAACUGAAGGCCAAGAGAGACGUGGUCAAUAAACUAAAUGGAGUUGACAUGAAGUUUUAUUUACCAUACAGCAAAAUUACAUUGCCUGUUAAUGAGGUUUCUACUGAUGGUCGUCCCAGAGCUUUACAAAUUGAAACUGGCGGGAUAACUGUUGAAAACCACACCCUCCUCUUCCUCAUUAAAGAUGAAACAUUCCUAAAAGCCUGGGAGAGAGUGAAGUCCGGCUGGUUCCCAAACUCACAGAACCAGUUUCCACAUUCGUCUAAUGAUCCAUCCCUUCUCCCUAGUAAUCUCGUUGAACUAAUUGAGGCGGAGAUUAUGGGCGGAGUCAACACCUCCCCUCCUAAUAAAAAUGCAUCAAACAUAUCUUUAUUACAUGCCAGUGGUGGGCGGGACCAGACUCACCUCUCCGCUCCUAAUAUAACUUUAAGCUCCGCCCACUCUAUAGCAUCGACCAAUCAGAUUAAUCUAUUGAUGUUGGAGUGUUGGCACGCCCACACACGUUGCGUUAAUUUGUCGUUUGUUGCUGACAUGAGCCACAAAGCAACUCUACACACAAAGCAGUUUGUACAGGACUUUCCUUUCUCUCUCUGGCUGUUCCAACCAAAGAAAUUUGAAGAGAUACUCUUGGCAGCCACGCCCAAUGACACGCCUACUUCCUCCCACCUCCCCUCUAUUUAUGCAAUGGUGGAUAUCGCUAGUCCAAUCUCUCUUCAAUUAGAACACCUUCAGUUCCUGUUCUUGAUGAGACUGAAGGAUUCAUUCCAGUACUUUAAGAACCGAAUAAUGAAGUACUUCUCUAUUGAUACACUGAUAGAGUCCCAGGGUACUCAAGCCUUUCAAGUUACGAAGGACGGGAGUGACAUUGAAUCGAUUGACGAUGGAGAGAGUUCUGAAUCAACUGAUGACAUAAAAGGAAAGUUAAAGGCUGCCUUUGCUAGAGGGAGGGAGAGGGUGGACUCAAAGGUACAGGGUGACUACGUAACAGCUGGUGUCUCACUAUCUGGGCUUGAGGUAUCGAUAAUGCUCCCAACAUUGACCAGGAUCAAUAAAAAGAGAAAAAAAGGAGCCAAACAUGAGACAGGACCAACAGCUCAAGUUAUGAAUAUAGAAACAGUUGGGCCCGAUCCUUCACCGGCUGCUAGCAGUCCUAUCUUUCCAUUGGAAGUGUCUUUCUCUCCUCCCACUCCAUUUCCUCCUGAUAGUGUCCCUUCUCCUCUCCCUCCCUCUCUCUCUCAAACUGAAGUUAUUCAAAAUGGCACUGGGCCUCCUAAAGACAGUGACAGUUUCAUUUUUGUUGAACCUCCUCAGGAUUUAACACAGACUGAGCUGCCUCCUCUUGUGUCAUCUUCUUCAAACGUUUCGUCGGAUGCUAAUGAGAAUACAGUCCCUAACAGUGAGAGUACUAGCAGCAAUGAGGUACCACUCCCACAUUCUGAGGCCACGCCUCCUGACGAUGAUGUUGAUAUUCCCAAUGCUCCUAUUGAUACUUUAAAGCCGCACCUGUUAAAUGUAGCAAACAGUUUGAAAUCGGUUUCAAUGUCUUCAACUGGCGGAUCCUCUCUCUCUUCUUUUGUAGUUCCUGAGUAUAUACUGGUAGCUAAAGUAGGUGUGGUUCAGGGCGGGGCCACUAUAUCAUCAGAAGGCAUUUGCUUCAAGGCAGCUGUAAGAACUGUUGAUUUGAAUGAGUACAAGGAAGAGGAAUACAAACUGAUGAAUGACGAGAAAUCGAGAAGAAAGAGGAUCAAGAAAGAAGGAGGAGAGAGGGAUAGUGAUGUCCUUCCAGUAAUUAAAGCAAGACUAGAACUAGGACAAUCAGCUAGUACUUACUUUCCAAAGGAAGAUGGUGACAUUAAAGAUCCUGAGUCUGAUAAAGAGAUGUGGUCUACCCCAGAGGGUGUGGUUUUUCUCAAAGUAAACGGUCUUAAGCCGACCCUAGCACUGAAGAACACUAUGGUAAUGAAGGAUUUCUUCGACGAUGAAAUUGAGAGUGAGGUACCAAUCCCGCUCCAGUUGCGUCUAACAGAAACUCAAGUCUCACUUAAAGACUCUGUCCCAGCCCCCCUGCUCCACCCUCGUAAUCUAACGGUUAAUAUCCCUGACCUUUUUGUGAACCGCGGACCCAGGGCUCGUAAUACUAAUCUACUCACGGCUGAAGGAGGAGGGAGAGCUACUCCUGUUGUUGGUAUGGCCACACCCCUUGUUAUUAAGAAAAGUGGGAUUGCUACGCCAACCGUUGGCGUGGCGACGCCCAUUGUUGCUAGGAGACAAGAGGAGGGGGUCGAUGAUGAGAAGUUGUUACAAUCACUGGUGGAUCAUUUGAAAGCUAACGAAGGAAAGACCCAGAGCAAUCACAAACUGCAGGCACUAGUAAAAGAAAUACAGGGUUUACUUGAGACCACACCCACUUACACCGAUUCACUCUCGUGCGAUUUUUAUACCAACCUAACAUCAGAUAAGCCACACCCCACAGUUGAGAGACUACAAAAUGAAAUAGAUACACUGAGGAAGGAGAACACUGAGCUUAAUGGAUCCUUAUCACGAUCAAGAGAAGACACAAAGAAUGUGGCUGAAGAGAGAGCAGAGGUUGUGAAGCAGCUGGUGAAAGUACAAAUGGAGCACGCUACACUACAACUAGCACACGAGAAGCAGCUGAGACAAAUUGACCGAUUAGUAACUGAGAAAGGAGAUCUACAGGAACAACUGAAGCAGUAUGGCAUAACAUAAUUAUUAUAUUAUUAUAAUAAUUGCUAAUUUUGUUGUUAUUAUGCUGUUUAUAGUUAUUAUAUAAUAAGGGCACACUAGUAUGCAAUUGAUUUA